AGCAAAAGGGAUGGAACUACAUCUGGUACGCCCUCAGACUCAGCAAAUAACACGUUAAUCGCUGCUCCAGCUGCAAGAGUACCAAUACAGGAUGAAGAUCAGCAUGGUACUAGCGCCAUGCCCUUGUCACCUGGCUGUACGACGUCUUCGUCAGAACAAGCUGGUAGCUUUGAUGAGACAUCUGCUUCGUCAUCUACGUCGAACUUUGUGGCCACUGACGUGUACAAAAUCCGGUCUUUGUUGCGCAGGAGCCGUGCUAGAGCGCAUACAACCUGUGCAGGGCUUCAAGGGGAGCAGACAAGCAGUUCAUCCAGGAAGAAGCGUGCGGGAGGAACGUCGACGAUCAAUUAUUGCAAAACAUGAAACAGAAAGAACUACACCUCAUAAUUGAUGAAAUAGAAAAAUGAAAAUCUUCUAGAACCUGCUAACACUAACAGGAGCAGUUGCUCAUGUUACAAAAUAUAACUACAGAAGUAACAGGAGUUGCUCAUGUUAUAAGUACACCGAGUGAGAAUCUGAAUCACAUGAUCAGCAUUCUCUAAUACAGAAACGGAGCUACAAGUGCACCCCGUAACUCGACUUCCUCCAGACAUCACCAAAGCGGAGGAGCCUCUUCUACGCGUGCCCGCGGCAGCCAGCACAGGAGGAAAAGCGUGGCCUCAUCCACGGCAAGUCGACAGUCCGUCAUCUUUUCGGAACUGGGCGAUCGAGAUUUACAAGGGCAUCUGAGUGUUUUUCAGGAAAGCCAUAACUUCGACUUCGGCGAUAUCGUUCCUGCCUUUUCGCAGCAUGUUGAGCGGCAAAUAGAAGACGCGGCGAUGAGGAGUAGAAAACAAGAAGUAGAGCAUCAGAGUAAAAGCAAUAGUGCUCCUUGUGCUGCAUUCGCAACGUCAACGUCUUCGAAGCUUCAAAGAUGGCAUUCAGAUUCGGCACUUUGUGAGUUGGGAGGUAGUGCUGGGUCAGCUUCUAGUGCUGACGCGAGGACGGCAUGUCCCCUCUCACUCUCAUGUACUAGUUCGGGAUCAACCACCUCCGAUGCAGCAUCAAGACAGCACCCUACUUUGGUUCUGGAGGAAAGGUCAACGAAUGUGAACAAAGUAGUACCUGCAGGUAGAGCGACGUUGCAAUUCGUACCCUACAAUAGUGACGGGUCUUCUUCUUCUAAGCUACAAAAUUCGCCCUCAUUUCAACUACAAACUUCUAGCGUCGACAGAGCAACAUCGAGGUCUCUCUCACCGAAGCAAAUUAUCGACCGACGCCUAGAGCGAAUACGGAAGUCUAUCGAGGCGCUGAGCAAUGGCCGCGAUACGUUUCAGAGAAGAAUGGUACUUCCCGUGUUGGUUUCUCAAUUUUGACAACUUUUGUUAUAAGGCUACUCGAAAACUGAAAAUAACCGAGUUACUGACUGAAAUAAGGGAGGUAGCUCUGACAGGGCUACUCUUCCUUGUUCAGUAUCUCGCUUAUUGUAAGUAGUUACUCGCUUAUUUCAGUUUUUCGAAUACAAGAACUCUCCCAUUUUCAGAAGCAUCUUGGUCCCGUUUUUAAAGGGAAAAGGAGGCCCAGGAUGCUGCUGAAGAUGGAUUUCGCUAAUUUUGAUCGAGCUAGGAGAGUUGGAGUCUCGUUCUUAUUCUUUACCCCCGUUUUACUUUUACUCACUGAGACAGAGACUUCCUCACUUCUUUCUCAAAACUUCUAUCCCUUCAGCAUCUCAAUGAAUCUACUCAUAAUCCCUUCUCAUAUCUCUCUCUCAGCUCUGGCAACGCGACCUUUUCCCUCGUAAGCGAGGCUCAUCAACUGGCGCCGGCUCUUCUCCAGAGAAUCAAUUACAGAGGAACGCUAGAACCCUUCACUUGGAACAUCUUCCUUCAGUCAAACAACUCAGCGAAAACUUAUUUCUACCGAAAGUUAAGUUUAAGAGUUCCCCUGAUCGUCCAUGGAAGCAUCUCGAAGCUGUCCCCCCAUAUGAAAGGGGAAAACUUCCACAGUUUGAGAGAGGAGUUUCUAAGGGUUGAGUCAGGGUGUGUGAGCUCUAAAAACGGCAGGGAGACGCUACUGCAAGAGAAAGAGAAAGUCGGGAGAUUAAACAAAGACAGAUUGCAUUUUCUGCGAGAAUCACCACAGCGAGUGGCUGGGAGUCUGCCUUCCUCUGCCCUUACUGCGGGACGAUCACGCUUAUGGGGUAGUGGGAGAGGAAGGCAGAAGGGAGCGACGAGUACUUACCUUUGAGCUUCGUGUUAUUCUUCAAAGGAAGCAUUCUCUUGUUCUUGAAGACUGGUGGUGCUGUGGUAGUCGUAGUCACUGCGACCACAAAAAAACACUACUACAUCAGUCAAAAAACCUUAAUCUCCCUAAUCACGAAACGUCUCCAACAUCCCUUUAUUUAACACGAUGAUAUCGACAGCUUGCUUUCUCUUCGGCGACGCCUCUUUUGACGAAAGCGAUGUCCGACGUUUAGAGGCGAUCAGACUUGGAAAUAUGUGUAGGCGUCUACGAGGUCGCGAAAUGUUUGGGCCUAGUCACGUCUUUGCAAUCCCGAAAGACUUGGAGGAUGUGGAGAAUUGUGGGAGCGAUUUGUCGAGUACUAGAUUGUGAUCGAUAGCGAUGUUUUUUCUGAUGUUGGCUAGCUUUCAUUUUUUCAAUUAUGGUAAAUAUCUUCAAAUCAUUUCAAACAUCAACUCAGGCUUACUUAGAGGACUACUUAGAAGGCUUUUCACAAUAAAAUAAAAAUUCUACAUCUAUCUAUUCAGGCGACGCGUCUCUCACUCCACGCGGCAGUUGUCAUUCGUUGAGACAACGCCACUCCUCAAUGAACGCGGAUGAAUUUGACUUCGUUGCGAUGCGAACGCUGUUUAAAGGCUCUGCUCGUAGCGUGUCUCCCAAGACCAGUCGUAGGUCAGCCCGUUGCUCAUCCUCGCACAAGGGUCGGCGCACUAGAGCUCGGUCUCUGUCGCAGGAUAAUCUGCUGUAUGCGGUGAAUGCCUUGUUUUAGCUAGUAAUAUACAUUAACAUUUGGUAUCUAUAAGUACUAUUCCAAAACCGCUAGUAUUAAUCGUAUCUAAGUACUUAUUCCAAAAGCAGUUUCUCUUUCUACUCAGUUUCCAUUCUUUUACAUCAUUGACAAACUUGACGAGUCAUGGCGAUAACAUCCAACUUAUCCUUUUCAAUCAAAGCCAAAAGCGGCACCAAAAGUCUCUUCAUGAGGGUGUCUUCAGUCUUUCUUUACUUUUACACUUACGAGAACCAGCAAAAGCUGAGUUUUUCGAUGAAUGGCUCCGGUAUUUGGUAACCUGAAUUUGAUCCUAAGGGUUCUCUAUUUGUUUUCCCUUACGGUCAAACUCAGGUUACCAAAUACCAGAACCAUACAACUCACAUUGCUCAAAGUAUAAGAUCAAUAUCUUACUUACUCAUAUUGAUCAAGUCUUUACGUUUACUUCAACUGAGAUUGAUACAGGCAGACGACACAGGCACCAGUGGUCAAAUUCCAUAGUGCAUGUCCAUGAAAAUCAAAAUCUAUGAAAACAAGAGAUCUGCGAGAAAAUCCUGAACCUGCUAAAUCGAAUAUAUCAGGACCGCACGCUGUAUGCGUGUAGGAGCACUUG